AUGAGGACCUGGACUGACAUCCCAACCCUUCUCAUCUGCCUGAACCUCUGUGUUGUCCUCACGGCUCUCAAACUUUACAGCAUCCUCUUGACUCUGCAGGACGCGCAGCCCCGCAGCCCCGCAGCCCCGCAGCCCAUCCUCCCCGCGGCCCCUCCGGGCGCUCCUUACCCGCUCGCCGUGGAGCUCGCGACACUCCAGGCUGUAGGCACUUGCUCCCGGGAGGAGGAUCUGUCAGGGGACCCAGCCCGCUGCUGCAGCCGCUGCGGCCAGUCCCGAGCACCGCCACCCCGAGGCCUAAGCCUCCAGAAAGUUUGCUCGGGGUCUAGUCCUCACGCACCGCGGCUCCGCCAGGGGAAAGAGCUCUCCCGGUUCCUCCCGCGGUCGCCACCCGCGAGGCCGCACUCGGCGGCGCUGCACCACUGGCCGGGCUCCGGGCGGCCGAGGGCGGCUCCGCGCGCUCCGAGGGCGGGGUCUCCCCGCCGGGUUCAGCCCGUGGCGCGGCGCGGCGCGGCGCAGCGCUCGGUGUUUACCGCGGCCCCGCGGCCCGCUCUCCCCGCCCGCCGCGCGCGGCCCGCGCCCUGCGCGCUCCUGACAUCAUUCAUUCUCGCACACCCUCGCCCGCCCACUCCAUUUCCAAACACUGACUCACCCUCCGGCUCGGUGGCGGCAGCGCCCGCUCCCGCUGCGGUGGCUCUCCKGGCGCAGAGCGGAGCUCGAAAAACCGGUGCGACUUCUUAA